AUGGAUUCCCAGCAGUUUCGAGAGUAUGGGAAGGCAGCCAUCGACUUUAUAGCUGAUUUUUAUGACAAUAUUAGAGAAAAAGACGUUCUGCCUUCGGUAGAGCCAGGGUACCUUAUUAAAAAGUUACCAGAGGAUGCACCGGAAGAGCCCGAGGACUGGAAAGCUGUUUUCAAAGAUUUUACUGACAACAUCGUGCCUGGGGUAACGCGAUGGCAGUCUCCACAAUUUCACGCUUACUAUCCUACUGGAACGUCUUUCGCCAGUAUUGUUGGUAGCCUUCUUUGCGAUGGCUUAGGGGUAGUAGGAAUCACUUGGAUGGCCAGUCCAGCCUGUACGGAGUUGGAGGUCGUCACAAUGAACUGGUUUGGAAAACUUCUGGGUUUACCCGAAGAAUUUCUCAACAGCUCCCCUGGACCAGGAGGCGGUGUUAUCCAGGGCUCCGCAAGUGAAGCAACGCUAGUUUGUUUACUGGCUGCCAAAGAUAAAAUGAUUCGCAGAUUGCAGAAAUUAAAUCCUGAUUUAGAUGAAGACCUCACCAAAAUAAAAUUUGUAGCAUAUACCUCCGAUCAGUGCAAUUCAUCUGUGGAAAAGUCUGGAGUUCUAGGCUCAAUGAAAAUGAGACUACUAAAAGCGGAUUCGAGUGGCAGAUUGCGUGGAGAAACACUUAAAAGAGCAUUCGAAGAGGAUAAGGCCAAAGGUCUUAUCCCGUGCUAUGUUGUAGCUAAUCUGGGUACGACUGGGACUUGCGCAUUUGACCCACUAUAUGAAUUGGGACCAGUUUGUCAAAAAAAUGAUGUUUGGUUACACGUCGAUGCAGCCUACGCUGGAGCAGCUUUUAUAUGUCCUGAAUACAGACAUUUAAUGAAAGGUGUUGAAUACGCAGAUUCUUUUGAUAUCAAUGCACAUAAAUGGUUGCUCGUAAAUUUCGAUUGUUCUGCAAUGUGGGUCAAAGAUGGAUAUGACCUUAUUAACGCGUUCGAUGUUCAAAGAAUUUACCUAGAAGAUGUUAAAGGGGAUUUAAAAAUUCCAGAUUACCGUCACUGGCAGAUGCCAUUGGGUCGACGGUUUAGAUCGUUAAAACUGUGGUCGGUUCUUAAAAUAUAUGGCGCUGAGGGAUUACGAAGACACAUUAGAGGUCAGAUUAGCCUUGCUCAACACUUUACUAAAUUGGUUCAAGCUGAUAAUAGAUUUAUAGUUGAGCCAGAACCAGCUAUGGGAUUGGUGUGCUUCAGACUGGUUGAAGGCGACUAUCUCACCAAGAAGUUACUCGAAAACUUAAUUGAAAAAAAACAAAUCUUUAUGGUAGGCGCUUCUUGUAAAGGCCGCUUUAUAAUACGCAUGGUUAUUUGCUCCCAAUUUACUACAGUGCAAGAUGUUGAAGUAAGCUGGAAGCUGGUAAAAGACGAAGCCGAUAAUAUAGUUAAUUCAGAUAGAUUACAUUCUAAAUCUCAAUCAAUUGCGUCUAUUGAUCACUUGCAAAAUAUAGAUAUCUGUGAGAAAUCCAAAUAA